UAUUACGAAGAAGUAAUGGUAUUAACAAAUUCGUUAAUCUCUUCUUCAAUAAGUGAACCAAUGUGGGAAAUACUUUUCGAUAUUCAUAAACUGGCCGUUUCGCAAGGAGGAUUAGUUUUUGUUGAUGUUAUGCCCGUGAUGUACUCAUAUUUGUCUGUGGAUACGGAUGGUUUUUUGGCCCGUCCGGAGCGCCUGAAUGCUUUCGUCGAGAUCAGUGUGAGUAUGUUCAAAGAGGAUGUGGAGGAGGACGACCAGAUGCAUGCUGCUAAGUUGCUGGAAUGCCUCAUUCUAGAAUGUCAGGUGUAG